AUGCGCUUUCUGGGAGACAGCAAUAACGAUUUUCUCAGGAACACGGUGCAUCGCCAUGAGCCGCCGGUGACUGCCCAGCCCAUCGAGAUCCUGGUGGAGGACGAUGAGGUGGUGGUGGUGGACAAACCCUCCUCUUUGCCUGUGCAUCCCUGCGGCAGGUUUCGUCACAACACGGUCAUCUUCAUCCUGGGCAAAGAGCAUGAUCUGAAGGAGCUGCAUACCAUCCACCGGCUCGAUCGCAUGACCUCGGGAGUGCUUAUGUUUGCCAAGACCGCAGCGGUAUCCAAGAGGAUCGAUGAGCAGGUUCGCGAGAGACAGCUGGAGAAGGAGUACGUCUGUCGUGUGGUGGGGGAGUUCCCAGAACACGAAGUGGUCUGCGAAGAGCCCAUACUGGUGGUUUCUUACAAAGUGGGAGUGUGUCGCGUGGACCCCAAAGGGAAAUUCUGCAAAACCAUCUUCCAGAGGCUCAGUUACAACGGCAAGACCAGCGUAGUCAGGUGUCUCCCGCGUACCGGCCGCACGCACCAGAUCCGGGUCCACCUGCAGUACUUGGGGCACCCUAUUGUCAACGACCCCAUCUACAACAUGGCGGCCUGGGGCCCUGCCAGGGGCAAAGGUGGCGAGAUCGGUAAAACGGACGAGGAACUCCUGAAGGCGCUAGUAGAGGAGCACCGUUCCAAACAGAGCCUGGAUAUCCUGGGUAUUUCAGAGCAGGACUUGAACUCCAGUGCUGAAAAUGAAGACUCUGGUAAUUCAGGUGACUGCGCAAGGUCUGCACAGGCUGGUCCUGUAAGUGAGAACUCCUGCCCUGCCGAGGACACCAAGGAUCCCGAGAAGGACGCGGAAGAUCCCGAGAGAAAUGACAGUUCAGAGGAGAAGGACCCUUUGUGUGCAGAGUGUAAAAUCACGAGGCGGGACCCAUCUCCCAAGGAGCUGGUGAUGUACCUCCAUGCCCUGCGCUACAAGGGAGCCGAGUUUGAGUACUGCUCCAGGAUGCCCGAGUGGGCAAUGGACGACUGGGAGGAAUGA